GCCGGGCAGAGCCGGCCAUGGAGUUCUCGGAGCUGAUCAAGACGGCGACGGUGGAGAACGUGCUGCUGUCGUGCGCGGGGCUGCCGGCGGUGAGGGGCACCCUGUGCAUCACCAGCCACCACCUGCUCCUCUCCUCCUGCCCCGGCGGGGACGUGGAGCUCUGGCUGCUCAUCCGCAACGUGGACGCCGUGGAGAAGAGGCUCACCGGCUCCUCCGGCACCAUCACGCUCCGGUGCAAAGACCUGAAGGUGCUGCAGCUGGAGAUCCCGGGCAUGGAGGAGUGUCUCAACAUCGCCAGCUCCAUCGAGGCCCUCUCCUCGGUGGACUCCGUGAUGAUGAUGUACCCGUUCUUCUACAGACCCCCGAGCCUGAAGCUCGAGGAAGGAUGGCACCAGUUCCCCCUCGAGCAGUAUUUCCAACAGAUCUCCUCGCAGACGAGCCAGUGGCGGCUGAGCACCGUGAACCAGGACUUCAGCACCUGCCCCACGUACCCUCCCGCCGUGAUUGUGCCGGCGGCCGUGGCCGACGAGGCCCUGAGAAAGGCUGCCCGGUUCCGGCAGGGCGGGAGGUUCCCCGUCCUCAGCUACUUCCACCCCAAAAACCGCACCGUGAUGCUCCGCAGCAGCCAACCCCUGACGGGACCCAACCGCAGGCGGUGCCGCGAGGACGAGACGCUGCUGGGGACGAUCCUGGACGAGGGGGAGAGGGGCUUCAUCAUCGACACACGCUCGGCCCAGGCAGCAAAGCAGGCUCGGAUGACCGGGGGAGGCACAGAGCCCAAAUCCUCCUACCCACAGUGGAGGAGGCUGCACCGGCCCUUGGAGAGGGGCCGCCCGCUGCAGGAGAGCUUCGCCAAGCUGGUGGAAGCCUGCAGUGACCCCUCCCUGAGCAUGGACCGGUGGCUGGGCCGGCUGGAGAGCAGCCGCUGGCUCAGCCACGUCAAGGCAGCCUUGAGCACGGCCUGCCUGGCUGCCCAGUGCAUGGACAGGGAGGAGGCCACGGUGCUGGUGCACGGGGCGGAGGGGACGGACACCACGCUGCUGGUGACAGCGCUGGCCCAGGUGAUCCUGGACCCGUCCUGCCGCACCCUGGCGGGAUUCCAGGGGCUGCUGGAGCGGGAGUGGAUCCAGGCCGGACACCCUUUCCACCUCCGCUGCGCCCACUCCGCCUAUUCCCACGCCCGGCUGAAGCAGGAGGCACCGCUUUUCCUGCUCUUCCUGGACUGUGUGUGGCAGCUGAGCCGCCAGUUCCCCUUCUCCCUGGAAUUUGGGGAGCGCCUCCUCCUCUCCCUCUUCGACAACGCCUACGCCUCGGCCUACGGCACCUUCCUCUGCAACAACGAGAAGGAGAGGAGCCUGUGCAAGGUGAAGGAGAGCACACACUCGCUCUGGGCCUGGCUGAACCGGCCCGAGGAGCAGCAGAAGCUCCUGAACCCUCUCUACUCCCACAACGCCCUGGUGAUCUGGCCCUCCGUGGAGCCCCAGAGCAUCCAGCUCUGGCAGGGUUUAUUCCUCCGUUGGAUCCGUCCAUCCCAGCACCUGGAUGAGGCCUGGGCAGAGAUCCAGCGGUUGGUUGAGGAAAACAAUGCCCCUGCCAAGGAGAGCACAGGGAACAGGCUGAGCCAGUCCCUCUCUGACCCCACUGCUGGGGUCUCCUGAGAACAGGAGAUGAAGGGCAGCACAGGCAGUUCAGUCCCAUGGGAUGCCAGGACAAGGCAACACUGAAGUUUCCUGUGGGAAGUGCUGUGCUGGACACAGACCCCAUGGACAGCACUGGGAGGGAGGAACAGACCCCCUUUCCCAGCCUUUGGGCUGCCCAGACUGAGCUUGUUUCAGUAAAGCCUCUCUCCCAGCCCA